UAUGCAGAAACUUGAUGAAUAAUACUCUAAUUUAUUUCCAAGAAAUUAUACAAGGUUUUUUCGCUAACUCAAAAUUGAUCCAUAUGAAACAUAUGCCGUAUAAUGCGCUACGAUUGUUAAGAUUCAUCAUAAUGCUAUUAGAGUUAGUUUAAUGAAUAAAAUUACAGGUGAAAUUUUAGUGAACUCAGGUCUUACUUUUAGGCAUUUCAAACUUUAUAAUAAACAUUAUUAUCAGUUAUCUUUGGAUUGAGAUACAAUACCUUCAAUCACUUUGUUGGUCAAAAGUUUAAAAGAUUUUUAACUUAUUCAUAAAGAGAUUUAACCUGGAUACAAAACUCGAAAAGAUAUAUUGAAUGCAUUAGAGGAUUAUUCAAGGC